AUGGUCGCUCCUACUGCUGUGAAAAAGGACGAGCAAACAGUGGAAAGAACCUCUGCUACUCCAACCGCAUCUCGUAUUGUUGGUACAGACAACACACAACCAAUUGAAGAAGACGAUGACGAUGAUGUUUUAAUAGACCAGGAUGGUGAUGCUGUCUUGGAUGAUGAAGAAAACGAAGAUAAGAAGAAGCAGAAGAAGGAGGACGCCGGUGUCGUUCUUGAUGCGGAGGGAAAGCCUAGAUUUACUAGUGCUGCAAACUCUGGCCAAACCAAGGUGAAGUUGGAAAGUAGAAAGGUCCCUGUUCCACCUCACAGAAUGACUCCAUUGAAGAACAACUGGGCUAAGAUUUAUCCUCCAUUAGUUGACCACCUUAAGUUGCAAGUAAGAAUGAAUUUGAAAACAAAGUCAGUAGAAUUGAGAACACAUCCUAAACAUACUACAGAUCCAGGUGCUCUACAAAAAGGUGCUGAUUUCAUUAAGGCCUUCACACUUGGGUUUGAUUUGGAUGAUUCCAUUGCUCUAUUGAGAUUGGACGAUUUAUAUAUUGAGACUUUUGAGAUCAAGGAUGUUAAAACUCUUCAAGGUGACCAUCUCUCUAGAGCUAUUGGUCGUAUAGCAGGUAAAGAUGGUAAGACAAAGUUUGCUAUUGAAAAUGCUACCAGAACUAGAAUUGUAUUGGCUGAUUCUAAGAUACAUAUUCUAGGUGGCUUCACACAUAUUAGAAUGGCAAGAGAGUCCGUAGUAUCUCUAAUUUUGGGUUCUCCACCAGGUAAGGUUUACGGUAACCUACGUACUGUUGCAUCAAGACUAAAGGAACGUUACUAA